UUGUCGGAAAAGGAAAUCAUGAGAAUCAUGAGUGGAGAGGCUUUCAUGGACAAAGACUGGGACUCCCCUCCCACUCCCCCCUCGGCGACCUCGACUUCCUCUUCCGGAAAUCAGUCCCCCUCCCCCUCAACCAGCAGCACCUCCCCGAACUCAGGACCCCACUCAGCAAACAACAACAAUAACAACUCCUUAAAACAAACGUUUGAGUCACCCCAACAGUCGCCAAAUGGACCUCCAAGUCUUCCUUCGCCUCACAAGGAUCCUGUCGACGUUCCGCGACUCCUAAAAGCAAGAAGUUCCGAAGCAAGCGAGACUGUUUUUCCUAUUCAAAGUACCAAUGAAAUGAUUUCACCGUCACAAAUUCCAGUUUCAUUUAACAGCAACAAUUUCACGAGCCCAGCAGCUCCGUUUAACAUAACAGGAGGACUCUUUAAUCCAACAUCGUUUCCUAGUUAUCCCAGGAUUCCAAAUCCAGUUGAUGCGCCAAACUUCAAUUUUGCAAAUCCCGGAUCCCUCAAUAUGCAUCUCCGUUUGUUCAACUCAAACUCUGCAGCCAGUUGGCAGAACCUGCUUGCUUCCACCUCAUUGGCCAGAAAUUUUUACAAUUACCAAAACAUGCUUCCAACUUCAACCGCCGCUAGAGGGCUGCCCCCUCUUCUUCCACAAAUUCCGCAACUACCAUUCCUCACUUCAAACCAACAAACUUACAUAAAUGGAAAUAGUCUUCAUAGUGCGGGAGGACCUCCAACCAAACGAGCUCGAAUCGAGAUCGAAGAAAAUAAAGACCCCGUGCCAACUACUCUAAGCUUAAGCUCAAAUAUGAACAAUUUUAUGCCACAAACUAGUUCGCCAAAAAUAGAACCGAAAUUCAACUCGCUUGCUAAAAGUGUUUCAUGUGACAACACGAAAUCGGAAAGAAGUUUCGAAGACAUUGAAUGUGUUGAGGAUCUGACUUUCUCCGCCGAGACGAAAUCUCUCGUUAUGAAGAUUCUGACGGACAACAAAGAAGAUUCAUCAAUGAAGUUUGAAAUAAUGAAGGCCGAAAUAGUAAAAUUGCAGAAUGCAUGGCUGGCGAAAUUUCAAGAAUUCUCAAGUUGUGAGUUCGAUUUUUCUGGCGAAUCUUGGUUGGAGACACUGAUAUUCUGCACAGUUCAAGACAACUCACUUGUUGAGAAAAUGUCACAGUUUUCAGAUGACAAGUCUUUAUCGGAAAUUUUCCCAAAUUUCGAAGAAAUAGUUGAAAUGCUCAAACGAACAGCCCAGAAGUUCCAACAACUAGACUUCACUUGUUCCGAAGCCAAACUGAGCAAAAUGGCAAAUAUUGCACAAAAAAAUACAGAAGUACCAUCAGUUUCGUCUGAAACGAAAGAUGAGCUGGAAAAUCUGCACAACUUAGUGAUGGCCAAACUGCAAACGAGCACUUGUGCAAUCAAGCCAACAAGAUUCGGACAAGUUCUUCAGUUCAACUACGAAGUGAAACGUCUCACUGACAAAAUCAGCACUGCAUUCCUUGAAGCCAAAAAGAAAAACGAGGACAAACUAAAUUCUGCCAUGAACAGUUUUUUGAAGCAAUUAUUUCAAGUGAGCACGGAUAUCAAAAGCGAAACUACAAUUGGAGAAUAAACUCAAGUAGAUAUAAAAUAGUGCACUUCUGCAUUAAAUUAUUAGUAUUGCUUGAUAAAAAUUGUACGAAACUAUUUUCUGAUUUCGUUUUUGUAUUCACAGAAUGCUUAUUUAUAUAUUGCCGCUUAUUCCAUAUUAAACUGCUUCCAAAAUAUACUUCCAAAUAA